CUCUACUGUGCAGAAGAACCUGUUCCUCGAUCCAGCGAUGUCUGCAGUCUCUGGUCAUCUCCUGUACUAUGUCCGCAGUGUCUGGUCAUCUCCUGUACUAUGUCCGCAGUCUCUGGUCAUUCCUGUACAAUGUCCCACAGUCUCUGGUCAUCUCCUGUACUAUGUCCCGCAGUCUCUGGUCCACUCUCCAGUCUCUGGCCAUACUGUACUAUGUCCGCAGUCUCUGGUCAUCUCCUGUACUAUGUCCGCAGUCUCUGUCAUCUCCUGUACAAUGUCCGCAGCCUCUGGUCAUCUCCUGUACUAUGUCUGCAGUCUCUGGUCUCUGGCAGUCUCUCCUGUACUAUGUCUGCAGUCUCUGGUCAUCUCUCCUGUACUAUGUCUGCAGUCUCUGGUCAUCUCCUGUACUAUGUCUGCAGUCUCUGGUCAUCUCCUGUACUAUGUCCGCAGUCUCUGGUCAUCUCCU